UGAUGCUCCACAAAGACGAAACGCACUUCCGUGUAACUUCCCUGUUGUCAUGUUUAAAGUCUGAUCAUUCAGAUGGAGAGACUAAUAACCGGGCUCACGGGAAAGUAUGUCAUUUUCACGGCGGCCUUCGCCAUACGACUGGCAUUGGUCGCUUAUGGAGACUACCAGGAUAGGACCAUGGUGGUGAAGUACACUGACAUCGAUUACCAUGUGUUCACAGAUGCGGCCAGAUUCAUUACUGAGGGGGAGUCUCCAUACAACAGAUCAACAUACCGCUACACCCCUCUCCUAGCCUGGAUGCUUACCCCUAACAUCCAUCUCAGCAUGAUGUUUGGCAAGAUCCUCUUCAUCGUGUGUGACGUGCUGUCAGGACUGCUCAUCUACAGAAUCCUCCGCCUGAGAGGUCUGAACUCUGAGACUGCCCGACGUGUUUGUGCUCUGUGGCUCCUCAACCCACUACCCAUGGGAGUAUCCAGCCGGGGGAACGCUGAGUCAAUCCUGGCAGCCCUGGUUCUUGGGACAUUACUCUGUAUGGAAGCCCGGCACCUGAUAUGGGCAGCCGUACUCUAUGGCCUGUCAGUCCAUAUGAAGAUCUAUCCCAUUACAUAUGCUCUGCCCAUCGCUCUGGCCCUGCGUACGACCAGAUCAGAGGACAUAAAGAGGUGGAGGUGGAGGAGCUUCAUUGGGUUUAUGGGAAGCUUCCUUAACAGAGAGCUGCUCCUCUUUGCAAGUGUGGCCGGAGGAGUCUUCUGCAUGCUCACAGCACUCUUCUAUUACAUGUAUGGUUGGGAGUUUCUUCAUGAAACCUAUUUGUACCAUCUGACCAGAAGAGACAUCAGACACAACUUCUCUCCAUACUUCUAUAUGCUCUACCUCACUGCAGACAGCAGGUGGAGCCAGUGGCUAGGCCUGGCAGCUUUCCUGCCACAGCUCAUCCUGCUGUUGGUAGCCUCGUGGGCCUUUCACUCUGAUCUGCCGUUCUGCUGUUUCCUGCACACCGCCGUUUUUGUCUCCUUCAACAAAGUCUGCACUUCACAGUAUUUCCUGUGGUACCUGUGUCUACUCCCUCUGAUCAUCCCUCAUCUCAGUCUGUCAGUAAAACAGGGAGUGGGACUGCUGAUCCUCUGGUUCACAGGACAGGGUAUCUGGUUGGGCCCGGCCUACUUCCUGGAGUUUGAAGGCUACAACACCUUCCUGUUGAUCUGGCUUGCUGGUUUGCUCUUCUUGAUCAUCAACUCUUUCAUCUUAAUUCAGAUCGUAACCCACUACAAACCAACACGAACUCCACCGAGACUGAAGGUUGAGUGACAUGCAGUAGUUUCAACUGAAGAUGAUAAACUAUGGAUGCACAUUAACAAAUAAAGUGUAUAUUUUGUUAAGUUU